AUGAACAUCGAGUCAGUCGUUCGUACUUUGCGGGCGUACGACGCCUCGUUCGAUGCCGCAGCGGUGAGAGCAGCGCUCGCGGACUCGAGUUCGACGACUGAUCUUGUGCGCUGGGCCGCCCUCCACCUCACACCGGAUACGUUGCUCACCGUCGAUGAGCUAAACCAGUAUGCUGUCCUUGAGGAGUCGGGCGUGGCGGAGAGGCUGGCGUCUAUGUCCAUGUCGUCCGACGUCACAGCUGCUCGUGUGUUGAGUGACCAAGAAAUUAGGGAUGCGAUCCAAGAACUCGACCGGUCCACCGAGGCCAUUACCCGCCAGACGGAGGCUCUUAGGCAACAACAAGAAGCCUUUGGGCGUCUGGUGGGAGCUAUCCGCGGGAACAGUGAGGAGCGUGGUGCUGCUGAGGUUGACCAAGCACGGAAAUGGGAGGCCGGGCGGAAAGCGGUUGCCUCGGAAGUGGAUGACCUCACUCAAUCUUUGGGCGCCCGGGUUGGCGAGGUCGGGCAGCACAACACUGCUGGCGAUGCCACUAUCCGCAAGCUGGUUGACACCCUGCUAUCUUCAGACGACAAACUCCUCUCCAGCCUCCAGAAAUUGGGAUGGGAGUUGGAAACAGAGGAUGACGAAGAACAGCGAGAUGUAACCCUAUUGCGAGAGACGUGUGCUCGUCUGAUCAAAUUUACUGUGGAGGGAACUCGAACAAAGCUCGACCGCCUGUACCUGGAAUCUCUAGAAGAGUCGCAGGACAGUCAAGGUGACCGUGUCUCAGCGGACGAGGUUUCCACACUACAAGGGGAACUUGAGUCUCUCUAUGCUGAGAUUCUCCCCGUCGCCCAAAUGUCCACCGAACAACAGUUUCUAGAACCCGCGCUUAAGUCGAUUGCCACAAAGAACGGCCUAGCCAUGGCGAGAUCCGGCCAGGCUACGAGCUAUAUUCACGAAUGUCUCGACUAUCUCAUAGACCGUGCCCAGGAUCUAAUGGCCAGACUGGACGCCUUCCAAUCCUACAAAGCAGCCGCCGGUGCCGUCCUUGAUGUAGCGAAUGUGGAGCUGGACGUAAGGGAUUCGAAUACAGAGGCUCUUCUCGCGCCAAAAUCAAACCUUCGACAGCAAGACUUUAUAUCACCGGUUAAGCCCAAGCCCAAGGCUCGACCGAGGUACUCGGUCGGCGCAGCCGGCAUUGCUAAGGAGCCGCCCUUGGACGAGAUCUUGCGCAUGCUUGCCAUAAGCGCACCCCAAGACGAGGAAGACUCAGUGGGUCCAGAGGGCCAAGUGAAAGAGUUAGCUUCGACAUUGGCCAUGCGACGGGCAAAGAUGCAGGAUGUAGCACUCAAUGUCCAAGAAACAUUUGAGAGCGUAGCGACAAAACAACUUGCAGACGGGAAACUGGCAAUUCAGCUACUCCGUGAUUCGGUUCUUGCGGAGAGUCCGUAUGGCGAUGUCCGACUUGUAGAUCCGGAGAUUGAGGGAUCGAUCGGCGUGUUAUCCCAAGAGCUGGUGAACGUGGAUGAGAAGUUGAAGGGGGUUGAGGUUGGUGUUGAGAAGCUGAAGGGGAGAAAUGUGAAGAGGGAUGAAUUCAUUAGUCGGUGGGGGUCUUAG